UUCACCGAAAUGGACACAAAGAGGGAAAAAGCUAUUUUUACCCAAAAUCGAAUAUAACAGGCAACAAAGUGAAUUCGAAAGGAARAGCAAGUCAGUCGAGUCAAGUUUCAACGGAAGAAGAAUUUUACUAUAAAAGAAAAGGCAGUUCUUUACACAGGCAGACUGCAGUUCUAACAAAUACGGAUAAUCCACUCAAGAUAGUYGGCAAAAGGUACUCCGGUCUUAAAAACAUGAAAAACCAACAACAAACCGUGUUAACAAUGGAUGAGAAAAGUAGAAGUUCAGGAAAUUUAACGUCAAGGCCUUCUACGACUCCAAACGCUUCCAAUCCUUUCUUAUGUGGCGCGAAAUCGAGUCGGACUUUGUCAGACAGUGAAAAUGACAAUGGAUUAAUUUCUGCUUCUUCUCCAGGCCUGAUCCCAAAAACCGAUCGGACCGGUGCUGGACCGUUCAGUAGACGAAGACUUUCAAAGUUUAGAAGAUUUAAUUCAGAUACUUCGAACGAAGGCAAGAAUGAAAGYUUAGAAGAUCAAGUCCAUGCGAACAAAACUGCAGAUUAUUCUCUUUUAUCUCGUUCCAAUGUGCCUCAAACUAACUUGUUUCUAAAUCCCUCUGAAAGUUGUCUAGGGGGCAGUGAAAAAAGUGGCUUUAUCUCAAUAUGUCGGAGCCCGAGACCAAUAAGUCGUUGUCACAUUGAUAUCAACAUGAAUGAUUCAGAAAAUAUAAACCUUAACUUAAUGGAAGAUCAAAAAGUUUCGGGAGAUACAAGUGACCACUUGUUUGACACAACUGUAUCUACCGAUGUACUCUCUUCCGCACCACUCAUCAAAAUAUCAACAGAACGAAAUUCAAGCACUGAAGAACGUCGCGAAAGCCAAAAUCCACCUUCGAUUCAAAUUUUGAUCAAUUCUUUAGAUUCAGCUAAGGGAGAAGUAAACGAAGAUGAGAAAACAGAGCAGCCAAAGUUGUCUGUAAGAGAGCAGCGAAGACGAUCGGCUUUGUGUAGAGCAAACUCCAAACAGGUGGACGAUUUUCUCUUAGUCCACAAUUUAAGGGAUUUAGGGCUGCUAUGAGCAGCAUAUAAAGCUUCACCUUCGAUUUUAUUCGAAAUUUUCUAUGAGAAAGUUAAUAGAAAUUAUAUAUAACCAGGCAAUUGCAUAAAGUAGUUAUUUAUCGGUUUCGCAUCUAUGCUAUACAGCAGUAUGAUAUUUUAGAAAUAUAUAUUUUCCCCUCAAUAUAUAUAUUACUACAUAACGAUUUAAAUUAUUCAUAGACCGUGACUAGUGUUUGUUUACUUUGCACGGAAGAGAGAAAAUUAUUUAUAUUWAAAGCCAAGUCCUGGGCUGUCAUUGUGUCAA